AUGGAUGGCAUGGAGGAAAACAUUUUCGAACACAACUCGACCUUGGUUGAGUCUGAAUCGAAUACGACUACGAUUACGACCACUGUAUCCUCCUCAUCUCUGUCGCCAGCACAAGAAUCAGUCAUUGCCCUUUUGCCAAUUCUGCCAUCUCUGCUCAGCAUAGCUGGAUCCUUAUGCAUUAUUCGGCUGGUACAUCGCAAGAAGUAUCGUGCACCCUAUAGGAGAUUACUCUUUGGAAUGAGCGUAUACGAUGUAUUUUCUUCUCUUUUUGUGCCACUUCAGUCCUUUCUUGUGGACAAAGAGACCAGUCGGCGGCGUUUCGCCGUGGGAAACGAAGCGACCUGCAACUUUUUGGGUUGGGGAUUUCAAGCCACCUGCGGAUGCUUCCUAUACUUUGGUGCCUUGAGCACUUAUUACUUGAUGGUGGUUCGAUUUGGUGUCAAGGAUGAAUAUUUUGCUCGAAGAAUCGAACCAUUCAUACAUGGGUUCAUAAUAUUGUUUUCAAUCAUCACCGCCUUUGUCGCCUUGGGGAAAAACUUGUAUGGGGAACAAGAAAUCGGUGCUGGCUGCUACUUGACACCCAACGAAUCGUGUGAUGCCGCAUGCAUAGCCAAUCUGGCACUCAUCCUUACUGGAAUCCCCUACGUCUUCACACUGUUCUUGGUGCUAGGCAACAAUCUCACCAUCUAUUGUCAUGUCCGACGGACUGUGCGGCAGUACGUGAAAAACAGUCAAGACCGAGCCGAGAAGAAUCUAUCCUCAGUUCUUGUGUCGGACCGUAUCGUUGCAAGCAAUAGGGACGGCUCUGUGGACUUGGACAAGUCUAUAGAGGAGACUGCCGCUGUUUCGUUCAAAGUGACCAAGCGAAUUGCCCAGGUGGACAACCAACAAAAGCGAGUCCAGUUGCUACACAGAAGGCGAGCCUGGACCAAAAAUGGAAGCGGAUUUGUAUCUGUUCAUGGUGCUACGAGCCAUCUUUGCUCCUGCCAUGGGAUUUUCAAGUUUUCUCAUCUAUAUCAGACCUCGGUAUUUGCAACUGCGAGAACGAACGGCAGAGUCUAG